UUCACUAUCAGGCACAAUUCCAGUACCCAGCCAUAUCCCGCCACGUCUCGGAUCGGUUGAUCGGUUUUCAUCCAUGUCAUCAAGGAUAAACAAUCGAGAGUCAACCGGACAUAAUUCUCAGCAAGACGGAAAAUCUCCUCCUCCCCUUCGCAAGCAGCGCUCAGCUUUGGCUACUCAACCAGGACCCCCAGGCCCUCGUCUACGAAUUCUCAUUUGGAUGGCUCAGUUUUACCACACUUACAAGAGGCCACUAAGGUAUAUCUUGGACCCACCUUUGUUGGAUCCACGCAGCAACGAAAAGCUCGGGUGGGACGCGCUUGUUAUGGUUGUUGUUUUAUACAGUGCCAUUAUUGUGCCCGUGCAAAUGGGUUUUCCUGAGAUACAGCUAGGUGCCACGGUACGAACAAUCGGGGUUUUUACUGAUGUUUUAUUUUUUCUAGACGUACUACACAACUUCUUCGUGGGGUAUUACCCAGAUGACGAUGAGAAUAUGAUUCGGGAUCGUUUGCUUAUUGCGAAGCGCUACCUCGCUUCGUGGUUUCUUCCAGAUGUGCUCGCUGUCAUCCCUCUGGACUAUUUUCUUGUCCAAAGCAGUGGAAGUAAUUCAGACACUGUCGAUGAUGGAGACAGCAUCUCGAACGCGCAAGUUCUCUCGUUACGGCUCACACGACUAGUCCGACUCUUACGCAUUACGAAACUAACACGGUUGAUCAAGCUGCGUCAUUUCGUUGCAAAAAUUGAGGAAGCUUUCGAUCUUGACGCUGUAUUAGCACGGGUAACCAGGCUUAUCGGACAAGUGUUAUUAGUGACACAUAUCUUUUCGUGCUUUUGGCACCUCAUCGGCUUUACUACGGAAGAUGAAGGGGUCACUUGGAUGAUCGAGACAGACGUACGUGACAAGAGCGUCAGUGAUCGAUACAUUUGCAGCUUCUACUGGGUGGUGGCAACUCUAUGUGGGGUGGGCUAUGGAGAUGUCCAUGCAACCAAUAGAACCGAGAGACUUUUCUCGAUGGCGGUAUCAAUCGUCGGCGCCAGUGGCUAUGGUUUGAUAAUCGGCAGCCUCACCAAAAUUUUAGAGAAUUGGCAUCGUGAAACUACGACUCGUGCACGAAAACUCAGUAUGAUUCAAGCGUUUGUUCGAAAAAAGCGGCUACCUCGGAACCUGAAGGGCAAACUGAUGCGGUACUUUCGUCACUAUAUAGCCAAAACGAGUGCUUUUGACGAACGCGAGUUGCUGUGCGAGUUUUCACUAUCUCUUCGAGGUGAAAUUUUGCACGAGACAUACAAGAAUACGUUUUUUCGUAUCCCAGCUUUUCAGCGGCUCAGCACACAGUUUGUUCUAGACAUGGCAAUGUUUAUCAAGCCUCUUAUCGUUGUAAAGGGAGAUAUUCUCGCUCGAGAAGGGUGCGUCGGGACUGAGAUGUUUAUCCUUAACACUGGCAUUAUUGAAGUCAGACGAAUAUCCCCCGACCAUACUGACUGGAUAGUAGUGCUGGAAGUUCUGACCGAAAGAGGGGUAUUCGGCGAGGCGUCCUUGCUUCAGUAUGCCCCACACACCAAUUCUUACACAGCAAAGGCUACGAGUGACCUUUUCACACUCCCUAAAGAAGUUUUUGACCAACUAAUCGAGGAAUUCCCAGACGCUGAGCGCACAUUGCUGAACUACCACCAAGAACGUAGCAAAAUGUACGAUUUCGUAUUCGAGCAGACCCUUGCUCGCUAUCGUAUGUAUAUCGCCUCUCUAAACAGUGAUCCGGUAUCUGGAGUUACCGGGCUCGAAAAUCUGUACCCUACACUAACAGUUUUGCUUGAUGGCGUACUGAAAAGUUAUCGGUCGUUGCCUCUGCCAGUACUCCAGGCUCUUGAUCUUCAGUUGUCCAUGGGAAUAUCAGUCUUCAAUUCGGCUAAUGAGAAGAUGAAUAUGAUCUGGCUGCUCUCUCAGGAUACCAAGUCUGGUGAUCCACAGUCGAUUUGGCAGCAAAUGAAGUGGAAAAUACUCACGCCGAUCAAUCCUUUCCAUUGGUCAAAGCUCAUGUGGGAUAUUGUCACUAGUACACUUCUUCUGUACUGCGCAAUCGCUGUACCAUACGAAGCUGCGUUUCUCGGUGUAGAUGGAGACACAAUCAGCCCCGGAAUGGACAUCUUAGUCGAAAUAAUAUUCACGCUGGAUAUCAUUAUCAAUUUACGUACCGCUGUGGUUAUUGAUUUCCGUGGUGAAAUUCACACUGUGCUCGAGCGAAGAACGAUAUGGCGCGAAUACCUCAGAGGUUGGUUUUGGAUGGAUCUGUUGUCUGCGCUUCCAGUAUCGGUUGUUGUUGCAAUCUCUGAUGAGUCGAUUAAAACAACUGGAGCCUCUGGAUCGUGGGUUCUCGCAAUGGUCAAUUCUUUUCGGCUGCUCAGACUAACGCGAGUCUUUAAGUUCAUCCACACGCUUCAGCGUGAAGAAAGCUCAACAGCGCUAGGAGCGACGAUAGCUGCACACCACACUACUGCCCGAGUCGUGCGUCUCAUUUUUCGUGUGGGAUUUAUCGCACACGUAUUAACCUGUGGGUAUUUCUUAGUUGCACGUAUUUCUCGUAGUGCUAAUGGAGGUCCGGGUAUCCAGUCUUAUUUUCCUGCUGAACAAAGCUCAAAUGGCGAAAUGUAUAUUUACUUUCUCUAUUGGGCUGUAACCACGAUGACAACGGUGGGUUACGGUGAUACCAUACCGCGCAAUAUUACUGAAGUUGCGUAUGUUUCGAUCGGAGUUUUAAUCGGCGCUUCGACGUUCACCUAUGUGGUUGGUACUUUAUCCAGUGUCGUUGAAGAGUUGAAUGAAUCCUCUGACACUUUCCGAACACGAAUGGAUCACCUCAAGGCUUAUCUCCGUGAACGAAAAAUCUCCCAACCAUUGGCCGAGCGACUUCGACGAUACUAUGAGUACUAUUUGUUGCAGCGGGAUGAUGAAAACGAAGAAACGAUUCUAGCUGCGCUCUCGGAUGAUCUUCGUAGCCAACUGGUCUUGCAUUUAAACAGAGAUGUUGUGAGCAAGAUUAGCUUCUUCGCGACACAGGACGAUGCGUGCGUGAGCUACCUCAUGGGUAUUUUGGAUCCAGAAUUCUGUACGCCAGGCGAGUACGUGUUUAAAGAAGGACAGGUAGGUCGUCACAUGUAUUUCCUCGUCAAAGGAGCAGCCGAGGUGGUGUUUAAGGCCGGCACCAGUGAGGAGCAAGUGGUGGCGACUUUGCUUGAAGGCAGCUACUUUGGCGAAAUUGCUAUGCUCACACGAUCCAAGAGAGCUGCCAGUAUUCGUGCCAAGACGUACAUGAGUCUGUUUGUGCUCAGUUUGCAUGGCCUCGACCGGAUUUCGAUGCAUUAUCCAGAGAUGGCUCACAAUAUUAUCCAAGAAUUCCGCAACAAGAUUACGCACAUCAAAAGCACGUCGGUGAAGCAGUUAGGGUCCCUUGUUCAAGAAGAUAUCAAGCAGGCACGAGUACGGAGCGGCUUACUCGCAGCUUCAACUGUGGCUGUCUCGGGUAAAGUAAUUGGAGAAAAUCGCGGGAACGGCACGGAACUGCACAAUACGCUUGGUGAGCUCGAAAGCAUUUUAGGUCGAAUUGUCGAGAUGUACGGAGGUGGCGAUCGUGGCAAACGCAAAGCGCUUACAUGCGUCAUGCAAUAUUUGCACAAGUAUCAGUUCUCCAUCGACGAUUUCCUCCAAGCCGCUGAAGAGCUAAACUACGGGUCUGUGCAACCUGCUGCCACUAAAAACACCACGCCGAAUGAGGUAAUCAAUAGCCUGCAAAUGCGGAUGCGACGGCGAUCAUCCUUCACACCACAAUAA